UGUCCCUCUUGUUCCUUAUCGCACGAGAACAUUUUCUUGGACACGGCUCUGGACGGUGGACACGCUGGACGCGGAGCAGGAUCCACGCAGGGGGCACAAUCCGGACACCGUGUUCUUCAUUUGCGGGUUUAACACUAUGGAGCCAGCCUUCGGCGAGGUGAACCAACUCGGCGGUGUUUUCGUCAACGGCAGGCCGCUCCCCAACGCCAUCCGGCUCCGGAUAGUGGAGCUGGCCCAGCUCGGGAUUCGACCCUGCGACAUUAGCCGGCAGCUGCGCGUAUCCCACGGCUGCGUCAGCAAGAUCCUGGCCCGCUACAACGAGACGGGCUCCAUCCUCCCGGGGGCCAUCGGAGGCAGCAAGCCGCGGGUCACCACACCCACCGUGGUCAAGCACAUACGGACAUACAAGCAGAGGGACCCGGGGAUUUUUGCCUGGGAGAUCCGGGACAGGCUACUCGCCGACGGGGUUUGCGACAAGUUCAACCUCCCCUCCGUGAGCUCCAUCAGUCGGAUCCUGCGCAACAAGAUCGGGAAUCUGUCCCAGCAGAGUCAGUACGAGUCCGGCAAACAGGGGCCUCACCCCCCGCCUCAACCAACGUUACCCUACAACCACUUAUACUCAUACCCGUCUUCCAAAGUGCCCACUCCCCCUGGCAUGCCCACCCUCCCCGGACACAUGGCCAUGCACAGGAUAUGGCCCUCCUCGCACUCCGUGACAGAUAUUCUGGGGAUACGGUCUAUUACAGAGCAACAAAACGCCGAGUGGAUCGCCCACAGCGAACAGCUAUGUCACAGCGCCCAGCAUCCCUCCCUACCGCCCUCCCACCCGAGUGUCACCCUGCACGGGGUGCAGCGCCACCACGUCGGCCUGUGUGACCGGAGCCACAUGGCGGCCGGCCAGUGGCAGUGCGCCAUCUCCCCACAGCUGUGACACCGCCACACCUCUGGCCUUCAAGAGCACGACAGCCGGCCGU